CCAAAGAGCCUAUAUAAUGACUUCACCCCCAUCCUACUUCCUUCAAUUUCCUUCAGUGAAACACACUCCAAAAGAAGGGAAAAAGUGAGAGGAAGUGAAAGAGUCGUUUUUCUUUUCCAAGAAGCUCUUCCCCAUGGCGGCUUACGUCGAUAAUCGACAGUUCAGGCGCCUUGAACCGGCUUUGAACGGUGUUUUUGCCCCGUUGAAGCCCGGUCCAAGUACCCAAAUCCACCGCCCUGUCAAACAUGUUUUCAUCGACCAUGAAUAUGAUGACUCUUCCAGUGAUGAUGAAGGAAAUGAGAUCAACGGGCAUUACAAAGAGUUGAUUAUCAAGUCCGGUAACGAGCUUGAACCUUCCAUCUUGGACCCUAGAGAUGAAGCAACGGCCGAUAACUGGGUCGAGCGUAACGCUUCCAUGGUUCGUCUCACCGGCAAACACCCUUUCAACUCUGAACCUCCCUUGAACCGCCUCAUGCACCAUGGUUUCAUCACUCCUGUUCCUCUUCACUACGUUCGUAACCAUGGUCAAGUCCCUAAAGCUUCUUGGGAUGACUGGACCGUUGAAGUCGCCGGUUUAGUUAAACGACCGGUGAAGUUAACCAUGGAUCAACUGGUUAACGAGUUCCAAAGCCGUGAGUUCCCGGUUACCCUGGUUUGUGCUGGGAAUCGACGUAAAGAACAAAACAUGAUCAAACAAACCAUAGGUUUCAACUGGGGAGCAGCUGGGAUUUCCACAUCAGUGUGGAGAGGUGUUCCAUUGUGUGACGUGCUCAAACGAUGUGGGAUCCUUAGCAAGAAACAUGAUGCCUUAAAUGUGUGCUUCGAAGGGGCUGAAGAUUUACCAGGAGGCGGUGGUUCCAAGUAUGGAACUAGCAUAAAAAAGGAGUUCGCCAUGGACCCUUCUCGGGAUAUUAUCUUAGCUUACAUGCAAAAUGGUAAGCUUUUAACUCCAGAUCAUGGAUUCCCGGUACGGAUGAUCAUCCCAGGGUUCAUCGGUGGACGAAUGGUGAAAUGGUUGAAGAGAAUUAUCGUUACCACACAAGAAUCAGACAAUUAUUAUCACUAUAAAGAUAACAGAGUACUUCCUUCUCAUGUUGAUGCCGAGCUGGCCAACGCUGAAGGUUGGUGGUAUAAACCGGAAUAUAUCAUCAAUGAGUUGAACAUUAACUCGGCGAUAACGACGCCUUGUCAUGAAGAGAUCUUGCCGAUCAACGCGUGGACCACUCAAAGGCCAUAUACGUUAAGGGGCUAUGCAUAUUCCGGGGGAGGGAAGAAGGUGACACGUGUGGAGGUAACAAUGGAUGGUGGAGAAACAUGGCAAGUGUGUACCGUGGACCACCCUGAGCAACCAAACAAAUAUGGAAAGUACUGGUGCUGGUGCUUCUGGUCCUUGGAGGUUGAGGUUCUUGAUCUGCUGGGAGCCAAGGAAAUUGCAGUCCGAGCCUGGGAUCAGACCCUUAACACCCAACCCGAGAAGCUCAUAUGGAAUGUCAUGGGAAUGAUGAACAACUGCUGGUUCCGAGUAAAAACAAACGUUUGCAAGCCACACAAAGGAGAAAUCGGUAUGGUAUUCGAGCACCCAACGUUGCCAGGAAACCAAACCGGGGGAUGGAUGGCUAAGGAACGCCACCUUGAAAAAUCAAUAUCUGAUGCUAACCCCACUUUAAAGAAGAGUGUUUCAUCUCCUUUCAUGAACACUGCCUCUAAAACAUUUUCAAUGUCUGAGGUUAAGAAACAUAACUCUGCUGAUUCCGCUUGGAUCGUCGUCCACGGCCAUAUCUACGACUGCACUCGGUUCCUUAAGGAUCAUCCUGGUGGCGCUGACAGUAUUUUGAUCAAUGCUGGAACCGAUUGUACUGAAGAAUUUGAUGCUAUCCACUCUGAUAAAGCCAAGAAACUGCUUGAAGAUUAUCGAAUCGGUGAGUUGACCACUUCGGGUUAUGCGUCCGACUCGUCGACCUCAUCCCCUAAUUCCUCCGUGCAUGGGGCAUCCAAUGUAAUGAGCUUUUUAGCUCCUAUUAAGGAAGCUGUGCCUACAAAACCUGUAGCUCUGGUUCCACGUGAGAAAAUCCCAUGCAAACUCAUCCAAAAAACAUCCAUCUCCCAUGACGUCCGUGUGUUCAGAUUUGCAUUGCCAUCCGAAGAUCAAGUGCUGGGAUUACCCGUUGGAAAGCACAUAUUUUUAUGUGCCACCAUUGAUGAUAAGCUUUGCAUGAGAGCCUACACUCCGACUAGUGCCAUCGAUGAAGUAGGUCACUUUGAUCUAGUGGUCAAGGUUUAUUUCAAAGGGGUACACCCAAAAUUCCCUAAUGGAGGGCUCAUGUCACAGUAUUUGGACUCACUCCCACUAGGUUCAUUCCUAGACGUGAAGGGUCCUUUAGGUCACAUUGAAUACACAGGUCGAGGCAACUUUCAGGUCCAUGGCAAACCCAAGUUUGCCAACAAGUUAGCAAUGCUGGCAGGUGGGACAGGGAUCACCCCAAUCUAUCAAGUCAUCCAAGCAAUCUUGAAGGACCCAGAGGACAAAACAGAGAUGUACGUGGUGUAUGCCAACCGAACCGAAGACGAUAUUUUGCUGAAAGAAGAGCUAGAUGGUUGGGCAAAGAAGCAUGAUCGAUUGAAGGUAUGGUACGUGGUGCAAGAAUCAAUCAGAGAAGGAUGGCAAUAUAGCUUGGGUUUCAUAACCGAAAGCAUCUUGAGAGAGCAUAUCCCGGUGGGUUCCAACGACACUCUUGCCUUGGCUUGUGGGCCGCCGCCAAUGAUUCAGUUCGCUGUGCAGCCUAAUUUGGAGAAGAUGAACUAUGACGUUAAGGAUUCUUUGUUGGUUUUCUAGAGCAAUAAAAGAAAGUGCAUAUGAUAUCACCAAAGUUUGUGUAUGUAUAUAUAUUUAUAAUUUAUAUCCCUCCUUCCCUGCAUUAUUCCUUUUUUCCCUAUAUACAUAAAUUUGUUUUUUACUCA